AUGGCCACUCCGGUGAGGAUGUUCCCAGUUUCCCUGUGGACACCGACGCCGGCUCCCUGGCCAGGAGGGAACACCACAGCAGCACCCGAGGCUAAGUGUGUCUUCAACGAAGAGUUCAAGUUCAUCCUGCUGCCCAUCUCCUACAGCAUCGUCUUCGUGGUGGGGCUGCCCCUCAACUGCUGGGCCCUGUGGAUGUUCAUCUCCAGGAUGAGGCCCUGGAAUGCCACCACCACCUACAUGGUGAACCUGGCCCUCUCGGACACGCUCUACGUCCUGUCCCUGCCCACCCUGGUCUAUUAUUACGCCGACCGCAACAAUUGGCCCUUUGGCACGGGGCUGUGCAAGAUCGUGCGGUUCCUCUUCUACGCCAACCUCUACAGCAGCAUCCUCUUCCUCACCUGCAUCAGCGUGCACCGCUACAUGGGCAUCUGCCACCCCAUCCGCUCCCUCAAGUGGGUGAAGACCAAGCACGCCCGCAUCAUCUGCGUGGCCGCCUGGCUCGUGGUCAUCAUCUGCCUCAUCCCCAACCUCAUCUUCGUCACCACCAGCUCCAAGGGCAACACCACCCUGUGCCACGACACCACCAAGCCCGAAGAGUUCGACCACUACGUGCACUACAGCUCCUCCAUCAUGGCCCUGCUCUUCGGGGUGCCCUUCCUGGUCAUCGUCCUGUGCUACUGCCUGAUGGCCAAGCGGCUCUGCAAGCCCAGCUUCUCCAGCCCCGGCCUCCGCAUGCCCUCCUACAAGAGGCGCUCCAUCAGGACGAUCAUCGUGGUGCUCGCCGUCUUCGCCAUCUGCUUCGUGCCCUUCCACAUCACCCGCACCCUCUACUACACCUCCCGCUAUUUCCAGGCCGACUGCCGGACCCUCAACAUCAUCAACUUCAGCUACAAGAUCACGCGGCCGCUGGCCAGCAUCAACAGCUGCCUCGACCCCAUCCUGUACUUCAUGGCUGGGGACAAGUACCGGGGCCGGCUGCGCCGCGGGGCCGCCCAGCGCCUCCGGCCCGUGCCCACGCUGGACCUGGCCCUGGUGUCACCCUUCGCAGACAGCAUCACGGGUGACAGCCACAUCGCCAGUGUCACCCGCGGGGCCGCGGCCGCACGCAGCGGAGGCGGGUGCUGA